UUUAUCAAGCACUAUUAGACAUUUACAGUGAAAUGGGGGAGGAAGUUGCAAAGGAAGGAAGAUCAUAUGUUGUACAACAUGCGAAAGAGUCGUUCAAAAGAGCUGCUAAAGCCUACUUUGUUGAAUCUAAGUGGCGUGAAGAAGGUUAUGCUCCAUCAUUUGAGGAGUAUAUGAAGAAUGCUCAAAUUUCUUCUGGUUAUCCUAUGCUUGUAACAAAUUCAUACGUUGGAAUGGGAAAUGUUGCAUCCAAGGAAGCCUUUGAAUGGAUUUCUAAUGACCCUAAGAUGCUUAUGGCUUCUGCAAUUCUAUCUAGACUCAUGAAUGAUAUUGUCUCACAUCAGUCAGCUGUCGAAUGCUACAUAAAGGAACACGGUGUUUCAAGGGAAGAAACAGUGAAGAUUUUCUGCAAAGAAAUUGCGGAUGCAUGGAAAGUGAUCAAUGAAGGUUGUAUGAAACCAACUGCCUUUCCGAUGCCUCUCCUCACUCCCAUUCUCAACUUCACGCGUACCACGGAUGUGGUGUACAAAGAUGAUGAUGCCUACACAAAGUCUUACUUGCUCAAGGACACAAUUGCCUUGUUGCUUGUGGAUCCUGUUAUUGUUUGAGUCUAUUGGAAUUUUGAAGCUCUAGCUUUGUGAAAGGAUAUGCGUGGGGUUGUGCUGUUCUUUAUGUACUUCAACUUUGUUGCUACAACAAGAGUUCUAGGGGCUCAACAGAACUUACAAUGUUACCCUGUAACUUAAUUGUGUCAUGAUUUUAAAUUAAAUCUAUAAAUCUUAUUAUAAACAUCGUGAUUUUAA